GGGUGUAACCAACAUGGUGAGAGCUGAUAGGCCCUAUUCACUGCACAAACACAUGUUGUUUAGAUCAGAGCUCAAACUAGUGUCGGUUCUCAGGAAGUGAAACUCAGACAGUCGUUGCUACUGAGAGGUGAAAUGGCGCAGAGAGGAGUUCAGCUGGACCAGGAAGCAAUCUCUUGUUCGAUCUGUCUGGAUCUACUGAAGGAUCCGGUGACUACUUCCUGUGGACACAGCUACUGCAUGAACUGUAUUAAAAGCUUCUGGGAUGGAGAGGAUGAGAAGAAGAUCUACAGCUGCCCUCAGUGUAGGCAGACCUUCACACCGAGGCCUGUCCUGAUGAAAAACACCAUAAUAUCAGAUUUAGUGGAGGAACUGAAGAAGACUGGACUCCAAGCUGCUCCUGCUGAUCACUGCUAUGCUGGACCUGAAGAUGUGGCCUGUGAUGUCUGCACUGGGAGGAAACUGAAAGCCUUCAAGUCCUGUCUGGUGUGUCUGGCCUCUUACUGUGAGAAACACCUCCAGCCUCAUUAUGACUCAGCUCCGUUAAAGAAACACAAGCUGGUGGAGCCCUCCAAGAAGCUCCAGGAGAACAUCUGCUCUCGUCACGACGAGGUGAUGAAGAUUUUCUGUCGUACUGAUCAGCAGUGUAUCUGUUAUCUCUGCUUAAUGGAUGAACAUAAAGGCCACGACACCGUCUCAGCUGCAGCAGAAAGGACCGAGAGGCAGAGAGAGCUGGAGGUGAGUCGACUCAACAUCCAGCAGAGGAUCCAGGACAGAGAGAAAGAUGUGAAGCUGCUCCAACAGGAGGUGGAGGCUGUCAAUCGCUCUGCUGAUAAAGCAGUGGAGGACAGUGAGAAGAUCUUCACCGAGCUGAUCCGUCUCAUGGAGAAAAGAAGCUGUGAUGUGAAGCAGCAGGUCAGAUCCCAGCAGAAAAGUGAAGUGAGUCGAGUCAAAGAGCUUCAGGAGAAGCUGGAGCAGAAGAUCACUGAGCUGAAGAGGAGAGACGCUGAGCUGAAGCUGCUGUCACACACAGAGGAUCACAACCAGUUUCUACUCGACUACCACUCACUGUCACCACUCAGUGAAUCUACACACUCAUCCAGCAUCAAUAUCCGUCCUCUGAGCUACUUUGAGGACGUGACGGCGGCUGUGUCAGAAGUCAGAGAUAAACUACAGGACGUUCUGAGAGAGAAAUGGACAAACGUCUCACAGACAGUGACUGAAGUGGAUGUUUUACUGCCACAACCAGAGCCCAAGACCAGAGCUGGAUUCUUACAGUAUUCACGAGAAAUCACACUGGAUCCAAUCACAGCAUACACAAAGCUGUUAUUAUCUGAGGGGAACAGAAAAGCAACAGUAAUGAGACAACAACAGUCUUAUCCUAGUCACCCAGACAGAUUCACUGGAUGGUGUCAGGUCCUGAGUAGAGAGAGUCUGACUGGACGUUGCUACUGGGAGGUGGAGAGGAGAGGGAGAGGAGUUUAUGUAGCAGUCACAUACAAGAGUAUCAGGAGAGCAGGGGGGAUGAAUGAAUGUGGGUUUGGAUUAAAUGACAAAUGUUGGGCGUUAUGUUGUGACCAAAACAGAUAUAUAUUUUUCUACAACAAUGUCGAAACCCCCGUCUCAGGUCCUCUGUCCUCCAGAGUAGGAGUGUACCUGGAUCACAGUGCAGGUAUUCUGUCCUUCUACAGCGUCUCUGAAACCAUGACUCUCCUCCACAGAGUCCAGACCACAUUCACUGAGCCUCUCUAUGCUGGACUUAGGUUUCCUCAUUAUAAUGUCACUGCUGAGUUGUGUAAACUGAAAUGGUAUCAUACAAAGCUCCAGGCUGCUUUGGAUCAGGAUGACGUCCUGAAGUUGAACCGUUUUGUCACAAAUGCUUCAAAAGCAGCGAAAACCAGUAGAUCAGCUCAGCAAACAUCUUCUGCUGCCCGGUGGUCCAGCCAGUCCAGCCGACCCAAGAUGGCGCAGAAAGGAGUUCAGCUGGACCAGGAAACAAUCUCUUGUUCGAUCUGUCUGGAUCUACUGAAGGAUCCGGUCACUACUUCCUGUGGACACAGCUACUGCAUGAACUGUAUUAAAAGCUUCUGGGAUGGAGAGGAUGAGAAGAAGAUCUACAGCUGCCCUCAGUGUAGGCAGACCUUCACACCGAGGCCUGUCCUGCUGAAAAGCACCAUGUUAGCAGAUUUAGUGGAGGAACGGAAGAAAACUGGACUCCAAGCUGCUCCUGCUGAUCACUGCUAUGCUGGACCUGAAGAUGUGGCCUGUGAUGUCUGCACUGGGAGGAAACGGAAAGCCUUCAAGUCCUGUCUGGUGUGUCUGGCCUCUUACUGUGAGAAACACCUCCAGCCUCAUUAUGACUCAGCUCCAUUAAAGAAACACAAGUUGGUGGAGCCCUCCAAGAAGCUCCAGGAGAACAUCUGCUCUCGUCACGACGAGGUGAUGAAGAUUUUCUGUCGUACUGAUCAGCAGUGUAUCUGUUAUCUCUGCUUAAUGGAUGAACAUAAAGGCCACGACACCGUCUCAGCUGCAGCAGAAAGGACCGAGAGGCAGAGAGAGCUGGAGGUGAGUCGACUCAGCAUCCAGCAGAGGAUCCAGGACAGAGAGAAAGAUGUGAAGCUGCUCCAACAGGAGGUGAAGGCUGUCAAUCGCUCUGCUGAUAAAGCAGUGGAGGACAGUGAGAAGAUCUUCACCGAGCUGAUCCGUCUCAUGGAGAAAAGAAGCUGUGAUGUGAAGCAGCAGGUCAGAUCCCAGCAGAAAAGUGAAGUGAGUCGAGUCAAAGAGCUUCAGGAGAAGCUGGAGCAGGAGAUCACUGAGCUGAAGAGGAGAGACGCUGAGCUGAAGCUGCUGGUACACACAGAGGAUCACAAUCAGUUUCUACUCAACUACCCCUCACUGUCACCACUCAGUGAAUCUACACACUCAUCCAGCAUCAAUAUCCGUCCUCUGAGCUACUUUGAGGACGUGACGGCGGCUGUGACAGAAGUCAGAGAUAAACUACAGGACGUUCUGAGUGAGAAAUGGACAAACGUCUCACAGACAGUGACUGAAGUGGAUGUUUUACUGCCAAAACCAGAGCCCAAGACCAGAGCUGGAUUCUUAAAAUAUUCACGAGAAAUCACACUGGAUCCAAACACAGCAUACAAACAGCUGUUAUUAUCUGAGGGGAACAGAAAAGCAACAUACGUGAAACAACAACAGUCUUAUUCUAGUCACCCAGACAGAUUCACUGAAUGGUGGCAGGUCCUGAGUAGAGAGAGUCUGACUGGACGUUGUUACUGGGAGGUGGAGAGGAGAGAGGGAGGAGUUUAUGUAGCAGUCGCAUACAAGAGUAUCAGCAGAGCAGGGGGGGGGAAUGAAUGUAGGUUUGGACGGAAUGACAAAUCUUGGGCGUUAUAUUGUUACCCAAACAGUUAUAUAUUUUUGUACAACAAUGUCCAAACCUCCGUCUCAGGUCCUCUGUCCUCCAGAGUAGGAGUGUAUCUGGAUCACAGUGCAGGUAUUCUGUCCUUCUACAGCGUCUCUGAAACCAUGACUCUCCUCCACAGAGUCCAGACCACAUUCACUGAGCCUCUCUAUGCUGGACUUGGGCUUUUAGGUUAUGAUACCACUGCUGAGUUGUGUAAACUGAAAUAGACAGAAGUGUUCACGUUUUCUGGGGAUUGUGUCAGCGGUUCAUUGAAUCAUUACAUCGUGCUGUUGUUUAUGUUUGUUUAAGUUACGCUACGUUGUGCUUCGUAUUGUGUUACCGUGCAUUCACACCAAGCAAGAAGCAAAUUAGCAAGCCACACGUCGCUAU